AUGUCUAGUUUUGUCAAUAUUCUUGCACUUGUGCCUUUGGCACUGGCUGCCAGCCCGGUCAUGAUGGUCCCUAAUCAGGCGAUGCUUUUCAAAGAAAACGACUUCGCAAUGAAUGCCGGACGAAAAGGAAUGCUCAUUGCGACUGAUGGAAAUUGCAUGAAUUUCGACAACAUGUCUGAGUACCGCAUGAAUGUUGGAUCAAUCUAUGUCCCAUGUCCGUCCGAGGUUAAGCAAGACAUGAUGUGCUCAAUGUACUCGUAA